UGGCAGCACUUUCUUUGAAGUGAAGAUUUUGCAUCGAAUAAAAUCAUUUUUCUCGGAAAUGAACGGGAUUAUAUUCCCAGCAUCCCCGAAUUGGUAUUGCAGUAAAGUUAGUGACUGCAAUGAGGAUGGAAAAUAUGUUUUUGCAGCGCGCAAUAAGCUGCAUGUGGUUGAUUUCUCUGGUGGUGACCUGAGAUUUUCGGGGUCAAGUUGGGAAGUUCAUGUGGAAAGGUGUUGCUCGCUGUCACUUUGCCAAAUUGAUGGUUUCCGAAAUCUAUGCUGCACCUGUGGUGACGAUGGCCUGGUUAGAGUAUGGAACAUUGACACAAGGAGCUUGGUGCACGAAUAUGAUGGAGGAAGGGAUAAACUUACUACGGUCCACUGGUCUCCUCUUGACAGUGACCUGGUUAUAAUCUGUGAUGAAAAGGGCAGCAUUCUGUCUUGGAGACCUAAAAAAGAUGAAGUUCUGCUCUUCACACCAGAGAAGGGUUGCGUAUCUGCCGUGGCCUGUUCCCCACAUGAUGCGUGGCAUGUUGCAGUUGGGUAUAAGCAUGGUGCAGUAUUCCUCUAUGAUCUUCAUCGUGAUGGAACAAUAUUGCAUCGCUUGCGAGGACAUGAUGAAGAAAUUCUCAGUAUUGUCUGGUGUCCUGUCCUCGGAGAGGCCGACACAGAAAAAACAGAUUCUGCUGAGGAAUGCAACGAUAAAAUAGGAUGUCUUCUGGCCACUGGGAGUCGUGAUCGUAGUAUCAGAGUCUGGAGCAGCUCUACUGGUCGCAUUGUUCAGUCUUUCACCUUGCCAACUAACACUGGUCAUAGACGUGAGAGAUUUGAUGAUGGACGGAAUCGUGCAUGGGUCACAUUGAGCUGGCCGAAGCAGAUGCCUGAAAGUUUACUAUCCAGCUCACAUGGGGGUGAACUUCUCAUUUGGGACAUUUGGAAGAAAUCCAAGCAGAAAUGGAGGGUGGUUGAUGCCCAGGGCGAGAUACGAAAUCAUUGGAGGACCAUCUUCAACAUCAGUGUGGCCAACAAUUACUGUUUCACAAUAUCAAUGGAUAGGCAGCUUUGCAUGUGGGAUCUGUCAGAUUUGAAGUGUAUCGCCUCCAGACCUACCAUGGGAGGCUUUAUCUAUACCAUGGUCAAUUCUCCUGUCAAUCCUGGUAACAUGGCCAUUGGUGUCGGGGACCAAGUCAUCCGCUUGUUGAACGUCAGCCAGCCAGCCAACCUCAACAAAGUCACAAAUCUCUGGCAGGGGAUCAAGUCAAAAGUCACUGCACUCUCCUGGCACCCAGCCCAGGAGAAUCUCCUUGCUUAUGGCACAGAUGAUGGCCGUGUGGGGGUCUACGAUGCAUUCAAGAACAAACCGCCAGUCAUGGCCCAUUCAUUUCACAAAGGCACUGUCUAUUCCAUUACAUUUGGACCACCUUGCAGUGCACCAGGUACCCCAGUGUUCAAAACCAGUCAUGCCCUAUACAGCUGUGGAGAUGGUAUCAUCAACCUUCAUAACCCAUCGCACCUGGACACAAAAGCCGUCAAUACCAAUGAGAUCAUCAUGAAAACCAAUCAAACCAAACACUGCCUCAAACGAAGUGAGAUUAGGUGGAAAGUGGACCAGUCUGUUGCUGCCAUUGGGAAUGAAGAUGGGAGCGUUGAAAUAGUCUGUGUUCCUGAUCUGAAAAUACUCUGUGUUAUUCACUCAACUAAGAAACUUGUUAAUACAAUCCAGUGGCACCCUGAGUAUACCACCAACUUAGGACAGGAGCAGUCCAAGCUUCACACAUGGCUAGCGAUUGGCUCAAACGAUUCAAGUAUUCAUGUCAUAGAUUGGGUUAAAACGCUAUCCGAUAAGGACAUUGACCAGCAUCAGAUUGUUACAGAGAGUAUUCGGGUAUUGACGGGGCAUACUGCCAGGGUGACGUGCCUGUCUUGGAGUGACCAUCGGGAAGGGAUGCUGGCAUCUGCUUCGUAUGAUAGAACUGUACAGGUUUGGAAUGUCAUUGCCAACGAGCCUGUAGCAAAUUAUCGAGGUCACAAUGGAAUUUUACUCUCUGUUUUAUGGCAUCCUCUUGAAGAUGAUGUGAUUUUCUCCGGCAGUGAUGACUUCACAGUGCAUUGUUGGAAGCCCUCAGAGCUGGAGGAGAAAGUGCCACCUCCAAAAGGCUCAGAUGUUGGAAAUGGCGAAAAACCCAGGAAGAAAAAGAAAAAGAAGAGUAAGGGUGGUAGACCACCUCCAGCAGCAGGAGCUGAACAAGCUCCUGACAUCCCAGCGUUAGAUACAGUCUCAUUCGACGAAACAUCGAGAAGUGAACUCAUGGAUAUGCUCGAACAAAAAAGACUUGAAAUCACCAAAGCAGGGGAGAGUAAUCGAACUAAAACAUACGAGAAUGGUGAUUCUGAAGAAGUCGUGGUCAUCGAGAGGCUGAAUUUCAGUAACAUGGAGGUGAAACCAGAUGCAGUAUUUAGAAAAGUAGAAGACUCGUUGGGGGGUGCUACGUCUGCUGCAGCAGAGAAUGCGGGAGCAGGUGAUUUCGCGCUGCUAGCGGAGAGGAAGAAGAAAUUGACCGAGGUUCUUGGAUUAGAGGACGAAAAACCUUCAGACGAUUCCAAAGUAUUAUUACCAAAGCGAGAUACAAGAAAUAUGAAAGUUAGGAAACGGCGCCUGCUCUUCCCUUUGGGUAACGAAAUGGAAAACAACGGAAAGUUGCGAUUGGUUGAAGACUGUCUCAAUAUAGCCUACCUCACAUUCGGGACUGCAUCUGCUGAGCUGAAGUCACUGGUUACGAGUGGGAAGCUCACCCACCUUGGUACUUUUAUUGACAAGAGUGCCCUGUACAAGAUGGUCACCAUUGAGAGUGAGCACCACCUGGCCCAUGGUCACAUUGAGUCAUACGUCAUACUGGAGAUCUGGAAGGGAAAUAUCGCUGAGAUGCUGCAAGUCGCCGAAGAACACAAUCAGCUCUCUGAUUUUCUCAUCAGUAUGGCAUCAUUCUCGAAACAUCCCACAUUCUUGGCAACGUGUGAGGCAUACGCCAAACAGCUUGAAAAGUGUGACAACUUCAUGAAGGCAACGUGCUACUAUUUGGUGUGUUUCAAGGUGUAUGAAGCAAUCGAUAUGCUGGUGAAGAACAGGCUAUUCAAAGAAGCUGUGGUCCUUUCCAGGUUACGUCUGCCUAGCCAGGAUCCCAAGAUUGAGGAAUUGUUCAUUGCUUGGGCCAACCACCUCAUAAAUGACUUGAGAACACCAGAGCAAGCUGCGAAAUGCUACUUGGCUGUUGGAAAUCCAGAAGAGGCGAUGAGGAUAUUGACUAGGAGAAACGACAUAGUAGGAUUUAAAAACGCUAGCAAGAUCGCUUUCAUUUGCCAGAAGGAUGAACUGGGGGAGGAAUAUGCUAGGAAAAUGUCUCAUCUUUGUCUGCAGAACUAUGACUGGAAGGUGAUGAAUGAAUUGAUUGAGAAGCAGGACCAACUCAAGGAUACCCUCUUGCUGGGCGUUGUGCACAAGAAGCUGUGCCAUGAGUUAAAGAAGCUGAAUCUACUCGAGGCAACUUUACAAGAAUGUGAGGAGAGUACCCCCGUGCUUGAUGGCGACAAGGCAGACCUCCCAGAGAUUAUCCUGAAUGCCGAUGUGACUGAUUCCAUGGUUCCCUGGACACCAGUCGUUGUCAAUCGGCAGAGUUUCCUGCAUGAUGUUCUCAAGACGUGGUACCAUCAGUGUGAUUUGAAGAUGGAGGAAAGUGCUGUCAAGGAGCUCUAUGAUAGGACAUCAAGGUUCAAACCAACCGUUGGGGAGCUUGCACACUUGACUUAUAGGCAGGGCCUUGUUCAUGUGUCAAGCCACCUCUCACUGGUAAUCUUGGCUCUCCUGCUUGGUGACAAGACUGCCGCCCUCAAUCACAUGUUGGAUGCGAUGGUGAUUUGUUUUGACCAGAAGCUCGACAAGCUACUUCAGGGAGUAUGCAACACUGUCUUGCCUUUAGGCCCAGAAUACAUAUCACAAUUCUUUCAAGAAGUGCAAGCAGUGAAAUUGGCAGCUCGUUAUGAUGGCUCUGUCAGCUCCACAUCGGCAAGUACGAUUGCGGAGAUUGGCAAACAAGAGGUCCAACAGGAGGCGAUAACAGCCUACUAUUGCUGGAGUGUCGUCAAGUACGUGCUGCAGAAUCUGGAGACGGAAGAGUGCAGAAAGGAGGCAGGGAAGGCAGGAAAAGGUGAUGUUAAGAAGCUGACGGACGAGGCUGGAGCAGACGUCAAUGAAGAGAGAGGGGAAGGUGACUCAGCAAAAACUGAAUUAUGCCAGGAUGUCGGGACUAAACAGGGUAGCCUUGAGGCUGACAUUGGGGGAGCUGGUGAUAGUGUGAAAUCCAAGGGCACUCACGGUGCUAAGGUUCUUGGUUACAUCACUCCCAUACGAAUUGACUCAUUUUUCCAAGUUCUCUUACACAAGAUUCAAAGUCGCAGGUUUAUGUGUACGGAAAAGUUAGCGUAUAUUGAGAGCGCUAUCAAGGUGGUUCAGGAACGUACCAAGGAUAAGGAGAUGAAUAGAGAUGACCAAGUCUUGCCUGCGAUCACAUUACCACCAAUCACUCCUCGUACUCCAAUUCCAUCAGUCUGUAUAGAUGACGGUGAAAUAGAUAACGUCGGGGAGCAUGAAUCUAGUCCUGAUCACGUGGAGUUGAAGAUCGGUGGUUCUGAAAGUGGAGGUGCAUCAAAAAAUGACAGUGUGCAAGUUAUGUAUAAGAAAACACUUGAUACAAAUACCCUGGGGAACGAUGCAGCUCGUCCUAGUCGGAGCAAUGGGGUGGGUCCAGGUAGGCCUGGCAGUAGUUUAAAUACAAGUCUUAGUGCCAGCAGUACUAUACCUGGGUCAGAAGGAUCAAGUACACUGUUCCCAUUCACUACCCCCAGCGCACCAGACGAUUCUAUCAUCGGUGCAAGUCCUGGUGUUGAAGUCGAAGGCGACUAUGUCGAGAUGGACAAACUGCGUGCCUGGGCCUCGGCGAGGAAACGUCACAGUGAUUUUGCACUGAUGAUGUUCAAGGACUGUUUCUCAUACGAUAACGUUCCUGAAGAAUGGUACCAGAUGCCGGCAAGCGAGAAAUACACCAAGGAUUGUAUCACCAUGGAUAUCUUGGUGAACGAGAAGGAUCAAGUCUCUAAGCAAUUGGCAGAGGUAGCAUAUUUUGUAAAGGAUGUGCCAUUCCCCAACCCACACCUUUCGUCAAAGGUCUUACUAGACAUUUGUCGGAACCUCCGCAAUAUUCACAAGAAGGAGGUCAGUUCGUACAUCGAGACAAUCAAAGUAUGGAUCAAGGAAAAUGGUGUCACAAGAGAGCAUCUCAAUUGGAUUGAAGCAAACACUUAAAUGGUGAAGCAUAUGACAAGUUGGGAUUAUUUGGAUUUGGGACCAAAGUGAAAUGGCUUUGUAACAUCCCUAGUAAUGUUGAAGGUUAAGUCAAGAAAUUUGUUGUGUUUUUUGUGCUUUGAGAUGUGAAGGGGAUGAAUGGUUCUUUGGUUAUUAUCGACCUCAGCUGUAAAGGGGGACUUGGUGCAGGAGCUAAUUGGUCCGAUUGAUAGUCUUCAGGUGUUGAUUAAUUGCAGUAGGGGAACUGGGUGUUACUGUCUUACAUGUAGUGAAAAACAGACUAUGGGUACAACAAGUAAUUGUGUAUAGGUUUUUGAUAGUGCUGAUAUACUCUGCUAGUGCUAUCAUGGUAGGGACACCUAUCAGCCAAAUUGUGAACAUCAGUCUGGCCAACCUGGCUCCCGCCUGUGGUAUCCCUUUAAAGAAGGUCAUCUGUGGUCACCUAUGUUUCUCUUUCAUGUCAUAUUGCUAUUGGUCAUGUGUUUGACUAAUUGACAGUGUUACUAUAGUUUCUUUGCGCCCCGAGGUAUAAAAUUUUCUUGGUAUAAUGUGCUUCUGUAUGAUUUUUGUCGCUCAGUAUUACAGAUUGAGAAUCUUACUACAAUAAACAACGGAUGUAUGGUUGGUUUUCGUAGUGGUGUUUUCCAGUCAAAGAUGUGGCUACUCACAGUUGUCAAGCACAAAUUAUGACACAGUCCAACAACAGUGCAUUUCAUGUACAUGUAUUGCCAAGACUCGUGUUGGUCUCUGUGUGACCUUAAAAAGUAUUACUACUCUAUGAAUGAGUAUCAGUGAAAUGGAGUGAAAUAACACUGAUUAUAUAAUUGAAAAAAUGAUUUAGAUAUCUGACCAUAUAAACUGAUAAAAGAUAAGUCAACCAUGGGUCUAAACUUAAUAUCAACAAAACAAAAAGAUGUAUUGAGAAACUCUCGUUCAGUCAACUUAUUAGUUUUCUGGGUGCCAGAUUUUUGGACAAUCUUUAUGUCUUUAAGGCUGUCUUCCAUUGGUUGUAACCAGGCUCAUUCUAUUGACAUGCUUAUUCUGCUUGUUCAGUUGCUCUCCUACCCUACCCCUUUUUAAACCCGACAGCCUCCCCCCUCCUCUGAUCCCACUAUUAACCUAGAAAAAGAUAUUGCUCAUAAGACUUGUUAACAUUAUUUUUGAUACUGGACUUUUUCUUAGAGAACAUGAUAGAGUAGAUUCCAAAAUAUGAUUUACCAGUUCAUUCUGCUGCUCCAAGCCUCUUAAGUAAAGGCUUUCUAGUUGAUUAAAUUCUGGAGUUGUAUAACCGCCCAUUGUGUUCAAUUUCUGCCAUCCUUUAUUCAAUUUUGAGGAUUUUUGUCUGAAAUUUUGUCUUGUAUGUUUACAUAAUUCUCUUUCAAACUUUGAGACAAUGAGACUUUAAGGUUAAUUUUCAGUAUUUCGCUCAUUUCAACGUUUUGAAAAUUUUUACUUUAGUCGUCAUAAUAUUUCUUUCUUUUAUAUUUGAAGAAAAUGAAGAAUAAGUUUAAUUUCUGCAUUAAAUGCCUUUGGUUAAAGUAACUUAAGCUUGUAGAGAGACUACAUGCAUUUUGAUAAGCUAAAUAACUGUUAGGAGAAAGAGAAAAAAAGCUCAAAUAAGUGCGACUGUAACAGUUUGUGAGUCAGGUAUUGUUGAUUUAUUGUUGGUUGUGAUAUUCUUGUUGGUCGUUGAUCUGUUAUAGUUCUGUUAAUGAGUUACAUGUAGUACAUGGCCAGGGCAGUUUACUGGUAGCUGUAUUCUACAUUUAUAUUUGUCUGCAUGGUAACUAUAUAAAUGUGUACAAGACGGUGUUAGACUUAAAGCAAAAUGUUUUGGAAAGAGUCUCAAUGUUCUCACUCCCGAAGAUCUGUUAGUCAAAUCUUGUUCUGUCAACUGCUCUUUAAUAGACAUACCGGGUACUCUUAUUCAUACUCCUAUUUGUAUGUAAAACAGCAGUUUAUGAUUAAAAUGCACUACAAAUUUCUGAUGACAAAUAUGUCCGUUUUAUGUGAAGCGAUAAUAGCAUGAGAGUUAUAAGUCAAAAACAGCGAAGAGAGAAAAAUCUACUUCAAAAAAGGGUUGUCAAAGCACUGAAGCUACAAACCAUAAUAGCCAUGACAAUUUCCCAGUUCACAGAAUAGGAAACACUGGCGUCUACUUAUAAGAUCCUCUUUAAUUUGCCUUAUCGGUUCAAUUGCUUUGUAUACUGUAGUAAAUGCGGCAUGCUUGUCCAAAUGUUCUUGGUACCGGUGUGGUGUUUGAUUUGCUGUUAGUAUUCGUCUACAGAGGGCUUUUUUCUGUGCCUGUAUGAGAGAAGAUUACAAAUAAAUUGAAGAAGCAGUGAUAGUCAGUGCCCAGUUGCUCAAUUGGCAUUUACAGUAACAGUUUAACAAGUUUUGUCACAUCUCCCUCAAGUUUCAUCAUGCCUCCCACUGGCCCCCAACCAAAACCCAUUUAGUUGGGGGGCAUUUAGUUAGGUUUGUUGGCCCUAGCAUCAAUGUUUUGGUCAUAUUGUGUGUCAGGUAUACAAUUUGGGUGUUUAUUGUUUGAUCUUUCUGUAGUUGUCGUGAUUUUCUUGACAAUAAAUGCUCAAUUUUUGCUAUGCCACUCUUCGGUUCUACAUGUAGGUGUUGUCGACUGUUGGGAUCAUUUGUGAGUUAAAGGUGCUAAUCGUGUUUUGAUCAUGCAUUUUUUAUCCAUUUUUUUAAUGACACUCAACAGCCUGACAUCUUGGAGCAUUUUAGCUGAAGUCCCUCAGUGAAUGAGAUUAAACAGUUAUAAAUUAAGAUCAGUGCCUGUUGAUUCUGAGAUUGGGACUGAUUGAGACCAGUGCCUUCAUCAAGUAAUAGAUGGCAGCACUCGUGGCAUAAGCUUCUUUCAGGACCCCGCUGUCCUUCUAUAUUAUCCCUCAACAUCUGGUUUCAAAAAUAAGUUCAUGUUGAUCGAACCAAUGACCCUAAUAGAGGAGACGGGCACUGAACUAAAUUUCGAACAUGGGUUCGACUACUGCAUGCAGUCCGACAGCCCGGCUGCAACAGCUAGUGUCCAAAUGAUUGGGCAGUUGGUGUCUAUUUUAUGCAUCAAGUAACGAUAUUGUGAUAGUAGUACCGUGUACUGGUAGAUGUACUCCAAAAAACAGACUCCUUUGGUUAUUGUGUUGUAUCAUAAGUGGAAAAGCAAUAAACUGGCUCUUAAUUGGUCA